AUGCGUGCCAUCGUGCGGUUGCUGCCGCUGCUCCUGUUUCGAGCGGCGACCUCCGAAGAGUCGACGGUCAGCUGCGCCAGCGUCUCCUUCGCCGAGCGCGACAUCACCGACUCGGCGGACGGCGCCGUCUCCGUCUUCGCGGCCGACGGCGACGGCGACGUCGACGUCGUCGCGGCGUCCGCCGGCAACCACACGGUCGCCUGGUACAACAACGACGGGUCCCAGUCGUUCGCCGAGCGCGUCAUCACGACGCUUGCGGACGGUGCCCGCGAGGUCAUUGCGAUCGACGUCGACGGCGACUUAGAUGUGGACGUGCUGUCGGCGUCCGACUACGACGACACGGUCGCCUGGUACGAGUCCGAGUCCUCCAUGCCGCGGCCGUCGCGGCGGUCGUCGCCUUCCACGUCGUACCCGGCCGGCUUCGCGGGCGUCUCGGCGCAACGACGCCGGGCUUGGAUUAUACUUCCAGCUGACCGAUCUCUACGUACGAUGGUCGCGGCUGCCCGCGCCGCGCUGCUCGGCGCCGUGCUCGUGCCGCGGCUCAGCGCGGAGACCAUCCAGGAGCACCUGCUGGAGCUGGGGAAGCAGUCGUUCGAGGUGCGCUCGCAGGAGUGGGUGACGUCGACGCUGGACGACGACGUCUUCGGCGACAACUUCGGCACGAACCCGGACUUCAGCUAUGACGACCCGCGCAACUACCCGGUGUCGCGCGACUUCGAGAACCCGCGCCACGCCUGCUUCGAGGACGACGCCGCGUUCCCGUGGGUCAAGUUCUCCGACGCGCGGUCGCUGGCGACGGUGAACUACUUCCCGAACACGCCCGCGUUCCAGAACUUCGAGAAUCUGGACCUCAUCCCGGAGAACUCGCACCUCUACCCCCGCUACAACAAGCUGCGGGGCGGCGGCUCCUACGCCAACGAGGGCUUCGAGGUCCGGCACAAGCACUGCGAGGUCCCGUCGGACUCCGACGGGGGCACGUGGUCCAUCGAGAUGAUCGGCCCCAUGUACUCCACGGGCGGCUACGACUGGUGGCAGCUCGGCUGGGCCGACCUCUGGAAGCUCGGCGACAAGUACGACGAGCACGGGACCAUCUACGUCACGGACGCGUCCAUCGUCACGCGCGACGCGAAGACGGGGACGACGCUCGGCUACCCGCCGAUCCACAUCCACCACAUCCACAUCGGCCCCCAGCCCGGCGUGCGGCCGCGGACCGGCGAGUACGACUGCGGCUCCCUGCCCAAGCCCUGCAACAACGUGUCGUGGUUCUUCGAGUGGCACGGCGACUACGAGUGCGACGACGACGAGGGCGGCGCGGACUGCCUCUACGAGAAGUCGCCCAAGGGCAUCGCGCGCGACAUCCACGAGAAGGUCGACCUCGAGGGCGAGAUCAACGACGUCCGCGCCGCGGGCGACGAGGCUUUCGGCUGGUACUUCGAGGUCGCCAUCAAGUGGUUCACGCACGACAAGAUCCUCGAGAAGAUGGGCGGCGUCGAGCCGCGGCCGCUCUCGACCUUCUUCAACGUGGGCGUGCCCGGCCGCUUCGACAUGAACAACCAGCAGACCUACGUCGGCACCUUCCCGGCGCCCAUCGCCUACGACUCGGUCAUCUGGUACAACAUGCGCAUGUUCAACAACGGCAUCCUCAUCCGGUGGAAGUUCCACAGCCACCUGCUCUCCUUCUACAAGUUCAUGCUCGUCUCCGGCGACGUGCGCGACCUCCUCGACGAGCGCUUCAACCUCGCGCCGCUCUGGAAGCGCAAGUUCUACGGCGAGCCCUGGAACGUGGAGGACCUCGGCUUCGAAAACGCCGACGGCCACUUCCGGGAGAUGUACAAGAAGGUGGGCGAGCACCCGGACCUCGAGAUGCUCUGCCUCGCGGAGACGGACCUCGUCACCCGCGGGGGCUACCUCUACGACCGCCGCCCCCCGGCCCGCUGCCGGCGCUGGCAGUGGAAGGAGGGCGACGGCGUCUUCGGCAUCGGCUGGAACCUCAAGAAGACCUUCAAGCACACCAUCAACGAGAAGCCCGGCUCCAACGGCCUGCUCGUGGAUGGCACCCUGCCGCAGCACCUCUCGUUCACGCUGCAGCACAUCGACCUCGACCGCGGAAACUCGAGGUACACGUGCUUCCGGGCCAAGGCCGUGUGGGACACCAUGGACAAGGAUGCCUCGGCCAACGCCGCGCUUUUGAAGGGCACCUGCGAGGACGGCGUCCCCCACGCGCUCUUUUGGAUCGCGUUUCCGCUCCGAGGGUUGUACCCGGAUCGAACCUGGGGCGUGUUCUACGCGUGCCUCCUGGCGUCCGUGUUGUCCGUGGUCCUCCUGCUCUGCACCGGAGCCGCCGCGGCCGUGAAGCUGGCGCUCAAGGCGAAGAAGGUCCGCUCUGUUAACGUGUUGGCGCGCCGCGUGACGGCGGUCGAGGCGCCGGCUGCCCUUUUAAACGAUAUGGCGGCCACGGUGACGGACCAGCGCAAGGCGUGGAUGCUGGACACGAUUUUGGACAAGAUCUCGGAGCGCGGCGGGUCCAUGCAGGUCCAGAUCAAGCUGCUCCUGAGCAAGUACGACGACGACAAGUCCGGCGAGCUCGACAUGGGCGAGUUCCGCAACGCGUUGGGCGACUUCCUGCACGGCAUGGACGACGCCGAGUUCGCGGCCCUCGCCGAGACCUUCGACGCCGACGGCUCCGGCGCCGUGUCCAUCGCUGAGUUCGAGGAGGCGCUGACGAAGCUCGCCAAGGACCGGGAGGAGCACGGCCGCCAGACGUCGGGCGGCGCGCUGACGGGCGUCAAGACGACGCACCCGCCGCGGCCGGGCACGGCCGGCGCGCCCCGCAAGAUCAGCGACCAGGCGCGCGCCGCCGCGGAGGACGCGGUCGUGACGCAGUUCUUCCACCAGCUCCGGCUCCGGGCGCGGACGAUGGCGAACGUCGACGCCUUCUCCAGCACGGCGCGCCGCGAGCCCCUGCUGGAGGACAAGUUGCUGAGGCGCGCGUGCGACCGCCACCGGUCCACGGUCAAGGCGCGGCACCUGACGCUGCGCCAGUUCGAGCAGGCGCUCGGGGCCGCGCGGGAAUCCGCGCUGGACCACUUCGACGUCGACGAGAGCGGCCUGUUCGACGGCGCGUCGUCCGAGGUCGUCUGGCGGCGCUGCAACGACGGCGAGAUCAAGGAAAUCCUAUUCAAAUUCUCCCACGGCGACGCGAAGCGCGCGACGAAACCGCCGCCCAAGGGGACGCGGGCCGUGACGAAGCUGCGGAACCUGCUGCUGGACAAGUUCGAGGGCAUGGGCGGCAACAUGCGCGUCGCCGUGAAGCACACGCUCGGCCACUACGACGCGGACGGCUCCGGCGAGCUCGAGCGGGGGGAGUGCGUCAAGGCGCUCUCGGGCCUGCUGCCGGGCAUCACGGACGACCAGAUCGGCGCGCUCUUCGACACGAUCGACGCGGACAAGAGCGAGACGCUCACGGUCGACGAGAUCACGGACUUCCUCAUCAACGCCCAGCAGUCCCGCGAAUCCCAGGACACCGCAAAAGAGGCCACCAUGGCGACGCCCGGCGCGUUGCAGGCGCAGCUCGCGCAGGCGCGGAGCCCCGAGGAGUACGUGGACAUGCUCCAGCACGGCGUGACCCACUUCCCGCGCACGGCGCUCUUCUGGCGCCUCUACGCGGAGCACGAGCGGUCGCUGUCGGGGCCGGCGAGCGGCCUGGCCGUGCUCGAGGGCGGCGGGUCGAGCGCUUUGCCCUGGUGCCGCUGCGACCCGGAGCUCUGGCGCGUCGCCUGCGAGCUCCGCCGCGACUGCGGCCGCCGCGAGGACGAGCUCGGCCCGGAGUCGAAGGCGCUCGGCCGCGCGUUCGAGCGCGCCGUCGCCGUCGCGGGCGCGGCGCCCGACGCGGCGCCGCUCUGGCGCUGCUACGUGGACUGGUGCGCCAACGCGGCGCCCGUCAGUCUGCGGAAGAAGCUGCGGCGGUCCGCGCUGGAGCGCGCGUGCCUCGUGCCGGGCGACGGCACCGAGGAAGCGUACGCCGAGCUCGACCGGGAAGCGAGGGAAACCUCGGACCGCGAGCUCAAGGAUCUGGUGAAAUGCCUCGAGCCCCACCGCGUCGCCGCGCGCAAGGACGGCGUCGCGCGGUCCCAGCUCUGGCACGCCGCGCGCCACGCCGACGGCGACGAGCUCGGCAAGUGGCGCAUCGUCGUCGCGUACGAGCGCGCGUCCGCGCCCAAGAAGUCGACGGCGACGGACCUGCUGCCGGCGGAGACCAAGGCCGCCGCGCUCCACUACGCCUGCGGCCGGCGCCGCGUGGCCGCGGCCUACCGCGCGGCGUGCGACGCGAACGCCGGCGACGCGCCGGAGCUGUUCCUGGAGUUCGCCGCGUGGUGCGGCGAAGGCGACGACGCGCCGUUCGAGUCGCCCUUCGACGUCGACGCCGACGGGCCCCUCUUCGCGGGCGCGCCCGCGGGGCCCGAGGCCGCCGCUCGAGCUCUGGAGGAGGCCACCGCCGCGGCGCCGACGUCCGUGUUGGUCGUGGCGGCGCGCGCGGCUCUCCUGGACCGUCUGGACCGGCCGAGCGAGGCCGAGGCGGCGUUGGAGGCCUUGGUGGACGCGGCGCCCCUGACGGACGACCCGGACGCGCGCGAGGGCGAGCUCGACGCGGCGCCCUGGGCGCUCCUCGAGCGCCACGCGCGGCGCCACGGCGGGAAAGAAGCCGGCCGCGCGGUCUUUGCGCGGACGCAGGGACUGCGCGCGUCGAAGAAAUUGAGCGCGAAGAUCUACGAGGCCCACGCGGCUUUGGAGCUCUCCAUGAACGGCGACGUCGACGCGGCCCGCCGCACCUUCGAGCUCGGGUUAUCGCAGCGGCCCGAGCUCUUGCUGGCCAACGACGCGACGUACGUGCUCGCGUACGCGGCCUUCCUCGAGUCCGCGGCGGGCGACGCGGAGGCCGCGGCCGCCGUCGUCGAGCGCGCCGUCGCCGCCAAGGGCGAGCGCGACGCGCCGCCGGCGUUGUGGGACGCGCUCGCGAGCCUGGCGCACCGCAACGCGACGGCGAGGAACGGCGCGCGGCGCGCCGACGACGUCGAGAAGCGGCGCCGCCGCGCGGGCAAGCAUGCGGUCGGCGGCGCUUUGGCGCCGCUCUGGCGCGACGUCGCGUCGACGCGCGCGGCGCCGCUCAACGCCGUCGACACGGCGUGGCGCGUGCGCGAGGCCGUGCCGGCGACGCUGCCCCGGGAUCUCGCGACGUGCCGCGACGCGGCCGCGAAGCUCGAGGCCGCGCGGGCCGACGGCCUCCUCGCCGACGAGUACGACAACGGCGGCCUCGACGCCGACGACCUCGCCGACGACGGCGGCGAGGGCGACGGCCUCUUCGCGGCGCUCGCGCGGGGCAAGCUGCCGGAGGCGUUCCGGCGGUUGGCGGACCUCGCGCACCGCAAGGCCGCGCGCGGGCCCGCGCCGCCGUCGAAGGUGGCCUUCGUGCUCGACGCCCUGCGCGUGGCGGCGUUGCCGCCGCCGCCGACGAAGAAGCGCGCGCGCGACGACGACGACGACGACGACGACGCCAAGGCCGUCGACGUGUUCACGAAGCGCCGCGCGGCCGCGGCCAAGGCCGUCAAGGUCGAGAAGUAA